AUCACAGCUCGCGCUCCACACACCCAUGAGCGCGUGCUACAAACCGCUGCCUCGGCUUCCAUACAAACCGUUCCGGGAGGCGCGCGCCGUUGAUCAGUGUUUAUGGUAUUCAGUCAGCGUGAUUUCACAGAAACGAGGCUUCAUUGACACAUCGCAGUGGAGAAGAAAGAAAAGAAGAAGAGGAAGUGACAUCAUAACGUUCCCUCACUCUUUGUAUGUUUCUUUCUAUUUCAUUCUGUCAGUAUGAGGCUGGAGCAGGAUGUGAGUCCAGUAGUGGUCAUCAUAUUCAGACUGGUGGUCUGGCUUUAUUCUCUCAUCUCUUACCUGCCGUACCUGUUGCUGAGAUCGUACGAAUCGCAGUCGCUCUCCGAGUGCUCGCGGAGAGUGAAAGGCCGUUCCGUGAGCGGACACCCUUCAGGACCCUACCGGGAUGUCGGGGCGCUGAGGGCGCUGGCGUCGUGCCUGCAGCCCGGGGUGAACACACUCGAUCGGGUGUUUGAAUCAUCUGUAUGCCGCCAUCCUGACCUGGACUGCCUGGGCACCAGAGAGCUGCUGAGCGAGGAAGACGAAACUCAGGAGGAUGGAAGAGUCUUCAAGAAGGUGAUUUUGGGAGAGUACCGCUGGAUGUCGUAUGAUCAGGUGUAUAAAGAAGUGAGAGCGUUCGGGAGCGGUUUGGCUGCUCUAGGACAGAAACCUCUGAAAAACAUUGCCAUCAUCUGUGAGACCAGAGCGGAGUGGAUCAUAGCGGCGCAAGCCUGUUUCAUGUACAACUUCCCAUUGGUAACUCUUUACUCUACUCUGGGUGGUCCUGCUAUUGCUCAUGGACUCACUGAAGCUGAAGUUUCCCACAUCAUCACCAGCAAAGAACUUCUGGAAACCAAACUCAAGAGCAUUUUACUGGAGUUGCCGAGAUUACGACAUAUCAUCGUCGUUGACGAUAAGUUCAGCAGCGGCUCUGAAUACCCACGAGGCAUCAGUAUCCACAGCAUGGCGGCUGUGAAGAGACUGGGGGCCCAUCCUGAGAAUGCGUCAAGGCAGAGACAGCCUCCAUGUGCCUCUGAUGUGGCCGUGAUCAUGUACACCAGCGGCUCCACCGGAGUGCCAAAGGGAGUCAUGAUCUCUCACAGCAAUAUUAUUGCCGGAAUCACCGGUAUGACCGAGAGAAUUCCCAACCUCGGUGAGGAUGACACAUACAUUGGCUACCUUCCACUGGCUCAUGUGUUAGAGUUGAGCGCUGAGAUGGUGUGUUUUGCUCACGGCUGUAGAAUUGGCUAUUCUUCACCACAGACUCUGUCAGACCAGUCAACCAAGAUAAAGAAGGGAAGCAAAGGAGACAUUAGUGUCCUGCAGCCCACUCUAAUGGCAGCAGUACCAGAGAUAAUGGAUCGGAUCUACAAGAAUGUAAUGCUAAAGUUGGAGGAAAUGAGCAUUUUUCAGAGGACUCUGUUUCUACUGGCCUACAACUAUAAGAUGGAGCAGCUUGCGAUAGGAUACAGCACCCCACUCUGUGACAAGCUCAUCUUCCGGAAGGUUCGGGCGUUGUUAGGUGGACGUUUACGGGUGUUAUUGUCAGGCGGGGCACCUCUCUCUGCAGCGACCCAGCGGUUCAUGAACAUCUGCUUCUGCUGCCCUGUGGGUCAAGGCUACGGCCUUACGGAGACCUGCGGUGCCGGGACCAUCAGCCAGCUUUGGGAUUACAGUACAGGACGAGUUGGCGCACCAUUGGUUUGUUGUGAAAUUCAGCUGAAGGACUGGAUAGAGGGUGGCUAUCGCAGCACAGACCGGCCCUGUCCGCGAGGGGAGAUUCUGGUUGGUGGGCCAAACGUAACAAUGGGUUACUACAAGAACAAAGACAAGAACAGUGAGGACUUCUUUGUGGAUCAGAAAGGCCAGCGGUGGUUCUGCACCGGAGACAUUGGAGAGUUUCAUGGAGACGGCUGUCUGAAGAUUAUCGACCGAAAGAAAGACCUAGUGAAGCUUCAAGCAGGAGAAUACGUGUCUCUGGGAAAAGUGGAGGCGGUCCUAAAAAACAGCCCACUCGUCGACAACAUCUGUGCCUAUGCCAACAGUGACGAGUCUUAUGUGAUUGGCUUUGUGGUGCCCAAUCAGAAGCAGCUCCUGGCGCUGGCUGAGAGGAAGCGUGUCAGAGGUUCGUGGGAGGAGCUCUGUAACAGCCCUGUCAUCGAGGAGGAGGUGCUUAAAAUCAUCACAGAAGCGGCACUGACAGCCCAGUUAGAAAGGUUUGAGAUUCCACGGAAGAUCCGCUUGAGCAUUGAGCCCUGGACUCCAGAGACCGGCCUGGUUACAGACGCUUUUAAACUCAAACGAAAGGAGCUAAAAACUCACUACCAGCACGACAUUGAGAGGAUGUACGGUGCCAAGUAGAACCAAACCACUGCUGAUUCCAGACAGAAACGGUGGACAGGAAGGCAAGAAGUAACUUAUCUCUCUAUAGCAACCUCCAAUCAGGAUGGAGAUUUCCUAUGGAUGUGAACAUAAUCAUUUGGAAAUGUUUUCAUACAGUUGAUCGAUCAGUGUGAUAUUUCUGAUAUCAAAAAAUGUCCAGUAAACACAAACACUCACAACCAGCAAUACUUAAAGCUGCCAAAAGUGAUGUUAGCCAUCUUGCUAACUUCUGCCAGACUUGGCUGCUAAAUUAGGGUACCCCCAUCCCUUCAACCAUAUGCACACUCUCCAAACCCCCUCCACAUCAGCAAAUCAGAAUAUGUGAAAUAAUUGACAUGCAGAAAGGUUCAGGGCUGUAGCUACAAUUACAUGCCAUGUAAAUCCAUUUAUAAUCAGGACUGAAUAUACUUCAUGUAAACACCUCAAUCAAUCCGAUUGAGCUCGAUCCAAUGACAAAUUACAAAAUAUUAGAUUUUUUUUAAAAACCUCUUCUGACAUAUACAUCAAAUUUCUCUGUCUUUAUAUCAUACCUGCAAACUCCAAAGUGGUGAAAAAGGUGACAUGUUCACAAAGUAAAUAGUAGUAGGAGGGUCUGGGGGCAUUGUCCCCCAUGAGAAAAUUUUCGUGAUUUUAACAUAUAAACUAAGCAUUCUGGUGCACUCCCACAAGAAAAUAAAUGGAAAAAACAACAUUUGCUUCAAGUAAAAAAAUAAAAAAUAAAAAUUAUUGAACAUUUGUUGACACUAGGGCUGGGUAUUGACACAAACUUCACAAUUGGAUUCGAUUUUGAUUCAGAAGCUUGCGAUUUGAUUUCGAUUUGAUUACCUUCAAUUCAAUAAUGAUUAAUUUGGGGCCUAUCAGUACAUGGCAAAUCUCCUCAAAGAAAAAAUAUCUCUCAACUAAUGCUGUAAACUAUACAGGGAACCACAGCUGGUACAUCAUUGUAAUAUUAAAGGUUAAAAUUAAUUGAUUUGUAAGCUACUUAAAUAUAAAUUACACAUAAAGAAGUUUUUAUAAUAACGUUAUAAUACAUUUUUAAUGACAUAAUUAUGUUUCUACUCGUUUUUAAUAUCGGCCUAAAUAUUUAAAUGGUGGCUGUCAUAAAAUGGUUUUAUACAUUCAGUAUUGAAGCACAUGUUAAGUACAUGAAUAUGCAAUGGCCUAUAGUCACAGUGGAUAUAUAUCAAAAUGCUCCUCUCUAAGUUAAUUUUUGUAGCUGACUAACAAGUUUUUUGACAUUGAACGGCUUUUCUGAGGUAAAUGUUAGGUAAAUGUGACAUUUUUACAAGCUGUUUUAUUGGAGCUUUUCUGCGGUUGAAACAAUGAUUGAUCGAUUAACGUUAUAUGACAUGAUACGGAUCCAGUUGUACUGGAUCUUUCAACAUACCUUCGGUAUUCAUUCAUCCUACAUCCUUUCAUGUUUAUUUCGUGUUGUAAAGUGGAAGAGAUGAUCGGUUCAUGUGCGCUUUGCCUCUGUUUGAACUGAAGCGCUACAGCGAAGUGUCGGUGACACCACAGAGCGAAAGUAGCCCAAUUUCACCCAAUUUCGAUUUAUUGUGCCUGCAAACUCACCCUGACACCCCCCACCCCCGAAAAAAAAAAAAAAAAACUCUUCGGAUCUACACGAUUCACAUAAAUGACAUAUUUUGAUUCAAAACGGCGAAUUUCGCCGAAAAGCGACUAGUUUGCAGGUAUGUUAUAUGCACCGGUGACAUUAUCACGGUGGCUUUUCUAAACAUGGUGACUAAACACUGAGUGCUGAAGUUUUGCUCUGAAUACAUGCAAUGCACAGGCAAAUUAAUAUGUGAAUCGAUUUGCAAAGUUUAGGGUUCAUAUAAACAGAAUCUGAAAUCGGAUUGGAUUAAUUCUGAUUGAUGAAAUUAAAUUAGUGCUUAAUGUGUGAUUUCUCAGGACAUUGUAUGCAUGUUAUCCCACCCCCCCAAAAAAAAAAAAAAAAAAAAAACAA